AUGAACAGGCUGGAUCCUGCGCUUUAUACGAUCGCGUGGAUCGCCCCGUUGGAAAUCGAGGCUCGGGCCGCCUUCCACAUGCUCGACAAUGAACACAAAGGCCAGUUUCCCGUCAGCCGAGGCGACGAUUACGUCUUUGAAGCGGGAGAUAUCAACGGGCACAACAUCAUCAUUGCGACCCUACCUGCAGGCCAGGAGUAUGGCACUGGCUCAGCUGCGGCUCUCGCGAGUCAGGUCAAGAAGUUCUUUCCUAAUCUCUGGAUCGGCUUGCUCGUCGGCGUUGCAGCCGGACUUCCAAAUCUUGACAAAAUCCCCCCCCUCGACAUCCGCCUUGGAGACGUCCUGGUCGGCCUCCCAGAGGGCGAGAGUGCAGGGCUUAUUGCAUAUGAGCUCGGCAAGGAAACUGCCCAUGGAUUUCAGCCGCUGCAACUUGGUCGUGUUCUGGCCAAUACCGAGACUGUCAUCCGAUCGGCGAUCGCAAUGAUCAAAAGGAGGUGGCCCAAGGAUGUCGACCUAUUCUUGCCUCUUUAUGAGGCAAUGAAGGACGAGAGGCACCCUGGGGGUACUUUUCAGGAUCCCGGCCAGGACAAAGAUAUUCUCCAUCGCAUUGACAGCGAUGGCACCACUCAUGUCGUGACGCGAAGCGAGCGGUCAGCGGGCAACCGUACCCGCGUGUGGUAUGGCCCAAUCGGGUCUGGCGACAAGCUUGUCAAGAAUGGACAGGUGCGGAAUGAGCUGAGGGACAAGUACAACAUCAUUGGGCUGGAGAUGGAGGCAGCUGGUACUAUGAAUCGUAUUCCUGUCGGUGUCAUUCGGGGUGUUUGUGACUAUGGGGACGAACACAAGAACAAGGACUGGCAACCAUAUGCUGCCGCAAUGGCUGCUGCUUAUGCCAAGGCAGUCUUGUAUCAUCUGGGUCCUGGAGAUGCCGUUUCUAGGCAGCGUGGUGAGUAG